CAAAACUUUCAUUAUUAUGUCCUUUUCAAAACCUAUCACUUUUCCUCCUUCGAAAAAUCCUCUGCUCGUAUCCCUGAAAACAUUUCACUCUGGAAGAUCUACGAAAUUAGACGUUCAAGAAGUUUCUUCAUUGAGUUAGCAGAUCGUAAUACAAACACCACUUAAAGAUACACACACAUGAACACUUCACCUAUUCGUUAUAAAUCAACAAGCAAAUACUCCAAUCACAAAUACCAAAUUAGUACCAGACUCUCACUUUUUUUCUUUACAAAAAGUUUUACCACGACGUACCCAACAAAAAUAUUUCAACCUAACACGCUCAAAAUUAUUGGACCGUAUCAUCUCACAUGCAGUCAGCGAUUCAAAUAGAAAUAUAUCAACGUGAAUUUUUUUUUAAUUUCUCUUACAAUUGUUAUCGAUUUUAUUUCGGAAUUUAUGUUCCUUGCAACACUUAUAUGAUAUCCACCCCAAGCCCAUUUAUAAUGUCACAUGAUAGACGUGCUUGCGUUAAACAUCAAAAACAUUUUUUCAAGUAUCGUAUAUUUAAAGAUAUCAAAGUUACUUCGACUACAUAAUCACAUCCGAACAACAAGAUUUUUCAUGCAAACAAAUUGUUCAAUACUUGGCGCUCACAUACUGAAAAACGAAUUUAUUCGCGACGCUUGGGCGUGGAAUAUAGUGUCAAAUAUCAAGCGAAUGGUCAUUAAAAUGUAUUCACUCAUGGCAACCGGUUUAUGUAUAGGAAGAAAUUUAUCAAUUUUAAACAUAUUUAUAGUAAUAAUGCACGUACUCGACGCAAACAAUACCAAAGAUUCCAACGCCAGUGUAAAAGAAUUUUUAAACUCGGGGAACCCUAACGCACCUGAUACUCUUGAAGAUAAAUUAAUCAUGGCGAAGAUGCAUCGUUUCCUUUUCCUUGAAUCACAAUAUAUAGAUAAACCCAUUAAACAUCUGAAAUAUUCCAAAAAGACUAGUUACCGGAUGCUCAGGAUUAUCAAUACCUGGUUCCUAUUUUUUCUUUUAGCAUACAGGCGCGUAAACGCAUUCAAUAUAGCUACACCUGAGGCUUCUACCACUACACCUGCUUCUACAUCUGAGAUAAUUGCUAUUGUCUUUAAUCCUAAUGAGAAUAUGAGACCGGAUCUUCUUCACCGAUUCACACAGUUGAGUAUUUUUGUACCAAACCGUCUUCGUCCUUACAUUCCAUCACAACCUAUUUACUCACCCGAAGAUGCAAUAUAUUACGCUCCCAGUUCUACUGGUUGGUUCAAAUAUCUUGAAAAAAAAGUAAAAUCUGCAGCGAAAGCUGCCAUUAAUCAGCAAGAACGUAAAGCAGAUCUAAUCAAACAAAUCGAAUAA